AUGAGUGAAAAAUACUCAAUGGUUCGACUCCUUGGCGAAGGGUCCUUUGGGAAAUGCUACUUAGUUGAAGCUUCUAGUGAUCGUUCUCUCUGCGUAAUUAAACAAAUUGAUAUUCGAGCAAUGUCGCCAUCAGAAAAAGAUGAGACAGUUAAAGAAGCCUUAAUACUAAGAAGUCUUGAGCACCCCAACAUUAUCCACUUCAGAGAUGCCUAUACAACAAAACGCGGAAAACUGUGUAUUGUUAUGGACUAUGCUGAUGGUGGUGACCUCCAAAGCAGAAUCCAAAACCAAAAAGGAAAAUAUUUUCCAGAAUAUGUAAUUUUAUUAGGUAAGUUAAUUUCUUUUUUACAAAAUUAUUGGAGCCCUUGCAUAUUUUGUAUGGCAGAUUCAGAAUAAUCUGUGCAGAAUAUUUAGGACUUUAAAUCUAAUAUUAAAAAUGAGGAAAAUAUAUAAAAAUAUUUUGGGUAGUAUUUAAGAAAUGGGCAUAAUUUUAGAUUGAUUUGUCCAGAUCUGUUUAGCUAUCAAGCAUAUUCAUGACAGGAAGAUUUUGCAUAGAGACUUAAAAAGUCAAAAUAUAUUCAUCACAGCCAAUGGAAGAGUAAAACUGGGUGACUUUGGGAUUGCGAAGGUUCUGACUCCCCUUUAAACUGUAACAAAAAUUUAUUCCAAUUUAAAGGGAGUUGAUUUUUUUUCAAAACAAAAUUGAAUAUAUUUUUUGAGUUUUAAUUUAUAUUUAUGAAGAAUUAAUACAAAAAUCAUUAAUCUCUACCUGUUUAAAUAACGUUCUGCUUGCACUCCUCUUUAAAUUAGUUUAGAUAUAUAUAGAGAUUAGUAUUUUCAUCUAUAAGACUUUCCAAAAUUUGUUCUAUUUAAAAAAAGAUUAUAAUACCCAAAAAAAUGGAAAUUUUACCAAUAUGUUGUGUUCAAAUUUAAAGGAGGGAGUGAGCAAAACCACUGACAAUGCAAAAACAAUGGUUGGGACUCCUUAUUACCUAUCUCCUGAAAUCAUAGAAAACCGCCCAUACAGCUUUAAAAGCGAUAUUUGGUCGUUAGGAGUUCUUUUAUACGAGAUGUGCAGCCUAAAGCCACCAUUUGAUGCCUCAUCUCUUCAUUUUUUAGCCUUGAAAAUUGUAAGAGGAGUGUAUCCCGCACUUCCAGCUCAGUAUAGUAGAGACUUGAAAGCCUUGACAGCAAAAAUGCUUGCUACUGAUCCACAGCGUCGACCUUCAGUUCACCAAAUUCUAAAAGAGCCAAUAAUUCAGAAUCGAAUUAAAAACUUUUUAUAUCCAAUUAUUAUAAAUAGUUAUAUUUUUGACCAGAAUAAAUAAAUUUUUUUAUUCUAUAGCCCGAGCCUCAAUACGGCUCAGGCUGUGCUGAAGUAUCCUAUUUCACCAAGAAAGUUGGCAAAUCAAUAUUUGAUGACAAAAACUAAAUUCCUGGAUGGCAAAUUCACCUAAUACUAGAGAGUUACCAAUCAGGUAGUCAUCACCACAGCCUAAGCCAUAAAGAGGCUCGGGGUAUAUUGUAUUAAAUAUAUCAUCUUCUAAAAAAGCUGAAGAAUUUUCUCAUACAAUUUUGCAUAAUCAGGACAUUUUCAACUACAGACCUCCAGCUGAAGAAGCCAAAGACCAACAGCAGCAAGAAGAAGCUGCUCACGAAAUUAAGCCUGCCAUGUCCAAAUCUAACCCAAAGCCUGAUAAAAGAUAUAGGUAAAUCCUAUAAACUGCCCUAUGAGAGUAGACAUUUGACCUGAAAGCUCUCCAAUGGUUGAGCCAACUCAAGUUUGCAAGGCCAACUGAAGAGAGACUCAUUUUCAAACUCUUCAGUUGGCCUAACUAACCUGAGAUGAUCUAAUCACUGAGAAUUUCCAGCUCUAUGUUCUGCCCUCAUAAGGCAGUUUACAUGAUUACCUAUAUGAGCAAGGCGAAGAAAACAAAAACGAGCCAGAGCAGCAGCCAGCUAUGAAAGAAGCCAAAACUCCAAAACUAAAAUCAGCGUGGUCAGAAGAAAGCAAAAGCCCAGCACCUCAAGAAAAUAAAUCCAAAAAAAAGAGGAGCUCAAAAAAACAAGAAGAAGCCCCACCUGACCCUGAACAUGCUGAUAGAGAAGCUGAAAGAAAAAUGAUGCUAGACGAUAUUAGAAGAAGGAAAAAAGAGCUUAAAAACCAGUCCCAAGAAUUCCAGUUUGUAGGAGCUGAAGAAAAAGAGCAGAAAGAAGAAGAUGCCAUGCUUUAUGAAAUGGGAGAAGCUAUGCUCGCACAAGAGUCUGAUGCACAGGAAGAGCCUACUAUGGCAACUGAAAGUGAAGUAGUCCCACCUGAUAGAGAAGAUGACAUUGCAGUAGACGAAGAAAGCCAGCCAUCACAGCCUUUACCUGAAGUAGAAACUGCUUAUUCUUAAUUUUAUAAGCGAUCAUACAUAAAAUAUUUCUAUUUCUACUAUGAAUAAAGACUCAGAAAAGAAUAUAACAAAAUUGAAGCACUGAGGCUAUACUUCAAAAAGUCUUUUAAAAUGUUCAUUUUUAUCAACAAAUACCAAUUUCUAUAUAUUUUUCUAUAAAAAUUCUAUUAAAUUUUUUUAUUUAAUAUAUAAAAGCAUAUACCUUGAAGAAAAGCUUGGAGAAGAAGUCCUCGUUGAAGCCUACAGAAUCAUCAAAGAAUGCAAUGCAAAUGAAGACGAGAUUGGAUAUGAUAAAUAUUACCCUUAUCUAAAGCACUUGAUGAAUAGAGAAACCCAAUUAGAGUACUUACCUAUUAUUCAAGCAUUAAUUGAUAUGGAGAGUUAUUAA